AAAACUUUAUCAGCAGCUUCAUCUACACUAACUUCAAUACGGGAAGCAACAUUUCUAACUUUCCCCCCUGUGUAGCAGGGCAGCGGUUUCAGGUCUCGACACUUUUGUACUAUUACCAUGGCAUCUUCACCGGGCUCUCGGACUCUUAGCAAAGACGAUAUCCAUUACAAGCUUCAUUUUCGGAUGAUAAACGAGCAACAAGUGGAGGAUAUCACCAUAGACUUCUUCUACAAGCCACACACCAUCACGUUACUGACCUUCACCAUAAUCAGUAUUAUGUACUUUGCGUUCACCAGAAAUGAUUCAGAUCCUGACAAUAACCUGCGGGUGGGCAUUGCACUUGUUGUCUCAUUUUUCCUUGUUAUCAGUGUCCUGGCUUUCCCCAACGGUCCGUUUACCAGGCCGCACCCAGCUAUAUGGCGCAUGGUUUUCGGUCUCAGUGUCCUCUACUUCCUUUUUUUGGUGUUUCUCAUCUUCCUGAACUGGGACCAAGUAAAGCUCUUGAUGUACUGGCUGGACCCCAACCUGCGUUAUGCAACACGUGAGGCAGAUAUUAUGGAAUAUGCAGUGAAUUGUCAUGUGAUCACAUGGGAGCGCAUCCUCAGCCACUUUGACAUUUUUGCUUUUGGCCAUUUUUGGGGCUGGGCCAUGAAAGCUCUGCUAAUCCGCAGCUACGGGCUCUGCUGGACCAUCAGCAUAACGUGGGAGCUCACAGAGUUAUUUUUCAUGCAUUUACUGCCCAACUUUGCUGAGUGCUGGUGGGACCAGGUCAUUCUUGACAUCCUGCUCUGCAACGGAGGUGGUAUCUGGCUGGGCAUGACUGUGUGCCGCUUUCUGGAGAUGCGCACUUACCGCUGGGCCAGUAUCAAGGACAUUCACAGUGCUACGGGAAAGCUAAAGCGUGCUGUACUGCAGUUCACUCCAGCUAGUUGGACCUAUGUGCGCUGGUUUGACCCCAAAUCUUCCUCCCAAAGAGUGGCAGGGAUUUAUCUCUUCAUGAUCAUCUGGCAGCUCACAGAACUGAACACAUUUUUCCUGAAGCACAUCUUCGUGUUCCAGGCAUCUCAUCCCCUGAGCUGGUGUCGAAUCCUCUUCAUCGGGAUCAUCACUGCCCCCACUGUGCGGCAGUACUAUGCUUACCUUACGGACACUCAGUGUAAACGAGUUGGAACUCAGUGUUGGGUGUUCGGGGCCAUUGCUUUCCUGGAAGCGCUGGCAUGUAUUAAGUUUGGCCAGGAUCUGUUCUCCAAAACUCAAAUUAUGUAUGUGGUCCUUUGGCUUGUGUGUGUGGCACUUAUUACCUCCCUCUGCCUAUAUGGGAUGGUGUGGCAUGAGCAGACAUACGGCGUGAGGCUGAAGUCUCAGAGCACGUCGGAUUGUGAUGAUAGUUUCACUGACUCCUGCAGUUAUGUUCCUCACACCAUUAAAGGUGAAAGAGACCCCAGUGAGUCCCAGCUUUUACGCCAGAGAAGAAGAGGACCGGCAAAGAACAAAGCUAAUGGAACAAGCAGGAAACAGUAGCUGUGUUACAUUUAGUCCACUCAACA